UCGAAGAAGUUUCCCCUACCCAAGAUGUGCAGGGAUGACAAGACCUGUGCACAUAGACGUCGUGCGCGGUGUACGGUCGGCCGGAAUUGAUCUUCGGUUGUCAGGUCAUUCGCGACGCUGCAUUUUCGACUACUUAAAGAACAUGGCAUACCUGAAGGGGCAUGAGCAACACAGCAGUAUCUUCCUGCAGCAGCAGCCCUGGCGAUAGACGCAGAAAAUGGCAUGAGGGGGGUUUGGCGAGAAUAAUUCACCACAAUCUACCUGCAGCAGCUUCUAUAGGUGUACACCACGUUUUUCUCAUCUUUGGCACAAGCCCUGCGGUCCACGGUACGACUUUACCAUACUUACGUUGCCCUUGCUCUCCUACGACACCCAGUCGCGCCACUCUGUAUUUCACAUACUACGUGCGUGCGUGUGUAGACCAUACACUGUCCUUGUUCUCAGUGUGCACACAAAUAUGCAUAUAGUAGUCUGGAUGGAUGCAUGCAUGCCAGUUUUGGAGUCGGC